CCUCUUUCUCCCGGAAGCGGAGCACCGAGCCGGCAAAGGCUUGGGUGUGAGACAGCAGCGGUGGCAGACACCGCAGAAGCAAAGGGCAGUGAGGCUCCUGCAUUCGGGUGGAGCACCAUGGAUGAAGCUGGCAGCUCUGCGAGCGGCGGGGGCUUCCGCCCGGGCGUGGACAGCCUGGACGAACCGCCCAACAGCCGCAUCUUCCUUGUGAUCAGCAAGUACACGCCUGAGUCGGUGCUGAGGGAGCGCUUCUCGCCUUUUGGCGACAUCCAGGACAUCUGGGUGGUGCGGGACAAGCACACCAAGGAGUCCAAGGGCAUUGCUUUCGUCAAGUUCGCCCGCAGCUCACAGGCCUGCAGGGCCAUGGAGGAGAUGCAUGGCCAGUGCCUCGGCCCCAACGACACCAAGCCCAUCAAGGUUUUCAUUGCUCAGUCCCGAUCAUCUGGAAGUCACCGAGAUGUUGAAGAUGAAGAACUUACAAGAAUCUUUGUUAUGAUACCAAAGUCCUACACAGAAGAAGAUCUGCGGGAAAAAUUUAAGGUGUAUGGAGAUAUCGAGUAUUGCAGCAUUAUUAAGAAUAAAGUCACUGGAGAAAGUAAAGGUUUGGGCUACGUACGAUACUUAAAACCAUCACAAGCUGCCCAAGCAAUAGAAAACUGUGAUCGAAGUUUUAGAGCAAUCUUGGCUGAACCUAAAAAUAAAGCAUCUGAAUCCUCUGAACAAGAUUAUUAUAGUAAUAUGAGGCAAGAGGCUUUGGGACAUGAACCUAGAGUAAAUAUGUUUCCAUUUGAACAACAAUCUGAAUUUUCAAGUUUUGACAAGAAUGACAGCCGAGGCCAGGAAGCAAUCUCCAAACGCUUGUCAGUUGUAUCAAGAGUUCCUUUCACUGAAGAACAGCUUUUCAGCAUUUUUGAUAUAAUACCAGGAUUGGAAUAUUGUGAAGUUCAACGAGAUCCUUAUUCAAAUUAUGGUCAUGGAGUGGUUCAGUAUUUUAAUGUAGCAUCAGCUAUUUAUGCAAAAUACAAAUUACAUGGAUUUCAGUACCCUCCUGGGAACCGAAUAGGUGUUUCCUUCAUUGAUGAUGGAAGUAAUGCAACAGAUCUCCUUAGAAAAAUGGCAACGCAGAUGGUAGCUGCACAGCUUGCAUCAAUGGUGUGGAAUAACCCAAGUCAGCAACAAUUUAUGCAAUUUGGAGGAAGCUCUGGAUCACAGUUGCCUCAAAUCCAGACAGAUGUUGUACUUCCAUCAUGCAAAAAAAAAGCCCCUCCUGAAACUCCUGUGAAAGAAAGACUUUUUAUUGUGUUUAAUCCUCAUCCUUUACCUUUAGACGUAUUAGAAGAUAUAUUCUGUCGUUUUGGUAACCUGAUCGAAGUUUACCUUGUGUCAGGAAAAAAUGUGGGGUAUGCCAAGUAUGCCGACAGAAUAAGUGCUAAUGAUGCCAUUGCCACUCUACAUGGAAAGAUUCUAAAUGGAGUGAGACUUAAAGUUAUGCUGGCAGAUUCGCCAAGAGAAGAAUCUAACAAACGGCAAAGAACUUACUGAUUCUUGAGCAACAGUAGCUCAAGAACACAUGGAUCCUGGGAACUGAAGGUAUGGUAUUGGUAGGAGAUUAGACAGAAAUAUUCAGUUAAAAUAUCAAGUUGUAGUUCAUUCAUUACAAUGGCCAUACUUUGACUUUAUUAAAGUAGAAAAGUCUUGUCCUUAGUAGAAAAUGCAGCUCCCACUAUACUUUGAGAAAGUUACCAGGCCCUGUGAAAAUUUAUUUGAGUAAUUACCAGAGAAAAAGAGAGUUCUGUGAUUGUCAUAUAUGAAUUGAAGACAGUAUCUGGAUGUCAAGGUCCAUGUGAGCUAGCUAACCUAGGCUAUACCACCGUGGGAGUCUUAGAAACUGCCUGUUUGACCAAAAUGCUGCAGAAGUGGCAGAAGGAAGGCAUCAGGAGACUAUUUUUAAACAGUUGUUUGUAUAUGAGGUACAAAACUCAAGAACUGUGUGAAAAGGCAAGUACCAGUACUGUUUUCUACAGAAACUGGGGGAAAUACUGAGCACAGAAGAAUAACCAAAGUGCUUCUCACCAAUAACUUCUGUGAAACUACGUUCUCUGAAUUCCUCUCCAAAUUCUUUUCUGAUUUUGUAAGUAAUGAUGUUACAACUAAUUUUUUUGCUCAUAUAUUAUUAAUAUUUUCUAGCAUUAACAAGACAUAGGUAACAGCAUUCAUUAGCUCAGUUUUUAAGGGUUUUGUUUGCUUGCUUGCUCCGUUUUUUUGUUGUUUUCUUAUGCCAGAAAAAAAAUUAAAGUCAUCUACUUUAAAGUUAUAUACUAAUUUACUAGAAGUUCUGAUAUAUAAAAAUAUGUAAUUUCAUUUUUUUCUCUUUGUCAACAAAGCCUAUCUGGG